GACAAAUAGCAGAAAAUAAAUCUCCCUCCCCCGCCUUUGCUACGCUCUCUCCGAUGUCCUGAGGCUUUCGGAGCUUGGCUUCUUUGAUGCGGUCUGGGCUUUCAUGUCGAUGUAGUCCGUUCUCAUCCAAUGCCCGCUUAUCCCUUCGCCGUUCUUCCACAGCCCCCCACCACCCUAUACUCUCCCUCGUCCCUACCUCCCCUUCGUUUCCCCAACUCCUCCAAGCCCAUGCCCAACUCGUCGUUCGCGGCCUCACCGCCAGCCGCGCCGCCAUGGCCCACCUCCUCGCCCAUUGCGCCCUCUGUACCUCCGCCCCGCCCCACUACUUCCACGCCAUCUACGCUCGCAUCGACCGCCCCAACGUCUUCGCUGCCAACAACCUCCUUCGCUGCCUCGCCAGGUCCGCCGCCCCUAGCGACAGCCUCCUCUUUUACUCCCGGAGCCGCCGAGCCGGCGUUCUGACCAAUAACUACACGUUUCCUUUCCUUCUCCAAGCAUGCAGCAGAACUCCGGUGGUCGCCGAAGGCGCCCAGGUCCACGCCCACGUCGUCAAGCUUGGUUUUGAUGGAGAUUUGUACGUUAGGAACGCUUUGAUUCACUUCUAUAGCUCCUGCUGCGAGAUGGAUGAAUCGGAAAGAGUUUUUAACGAGUUUCCGGAGCGGCGGGAUGUGGUGUCGUGGAAUGCGAUGUUAGCAGGGUAUGCGAGGACGGGGCGGAUCGAUGUCGCCGAGGAGUUGUUCGAAGGAAUGCCGGAGAGGGAUGCGAUCUCCUGGAGUACUAUGAUAAUGGGUUACGUUCAAGGUGGGAUUUUGGAAAAAGGAUUGAAGUUGUUUAGGGAAAUGGUAGACAAGGGAGAGAUGGUGAAUGAGGCUGCUCUGGUUACGGUUCUGUCCGCAUCUGCCCAGUUGGGCUUGCUUGAAAAUGGCCAAUUUAUUCACUCCAACAUUAAAGCACGUAAUUUCCCGAUCACUCUUGCCGUUGGCACAGCACUGGUAGACAUGUAUGCGAAAUGUGGAAGCAUCAAACUCUCGAAACAAGUUUUUGAUGGAAUGCCGCAGAGAGAUGUCUUUGCUUGGAAUGCUAUGGUUUGUGGGCUGGCCACGCAUGGAAUGGGAAAGGAAGCGCUCGAGCUCUUCCAAAGGUUUCUCAACGAAGGGCUUCGUCCCACAAGUGUGACCUUUGUGGGGGUCUUAAAUGCAUGCAGCCGUGCUGGUUUGGUCGCUGAAGGCCGUCAAUACUUCAAGUCAAUGAUAGAAGAUUAUGGUAUUGAACCGGAGAUGGAACACUAUGGCUGCAUUGUUGAUUUGUUAGGACGUGCUGGUCUUGUGUCUGAAGCACUCGAAUUGAUCGAAGGGAUGAGUGUCUCACCAGACCCAGUUCUGUGGGGAACAUUGCUAGGGGCAUGCAAGAUACAUGGAUUGCUAGAUUUGGGCAUUACAAUAGGGAAUAAAUUGGUCGAGCUAGACCCUUCCCAUGAUGGGCAUUAUGUUCUUCUGGCUGGCAUAUAUGCCAAAGCAAGGAAAUGGGAAGACGUCAUUAGGGUUAGGAGAUUAAUGUCUAACCGAGGAACUAAUAAGGUUGCUGGUUGGAGCCUGAUCGAGGCCCACGGAAGUGUUCAUAAGUUUGUGGCAGGGGACAGGGAGCACAAGGAUUCUUCGGAGGUUUACAUGACACUUGAAAUGAUUGGAAGGAGGUUGGGUGAGGCUGGUUAUAUGCCGGAUGUUUCGUCUGUCUUGCAUGAUAUUGGGGAUGAGGAAAAGGUGCAUGCGAUCACGGAGCAUAGUGAAAGGUUGGCUAUUGCUUUUGGUAUGAUGGUGGUUGAUGCAGAUCUUCCAAUUCGUAUUGUGAAGAACUUGAGGGUCUGUGGUGAUUGUCAUGAGUUCAGCAAGAUGGUGACAAAGGUAUUUGGCAGGGAGAUUGUUAUGAGAGAUGGAAGUAGGUUUCACCAUUUCAAGGAGGGGAACUGUUCAUGUCUUGAUUAUUGGUAAGGAAUUGAUAUGAUCAUUUAGUCAAUGAUGGACUGAAACUGAUGGUUUGGAAGCAUUUUGCUCUUGGUGGGAAAAAUGAGCAGUAAUUAGUUGGUCUCAUGCAUUGAGGUGGCGGUGCUAAUAGAUCAUUGUCAAUUGUCAUUGUUCUACAACAUCGUAAUAGAAGUGGCACUGCUCCCUUUGCCUUUAUGUCAGAACAGCUUGUUUUGCUAUUAAGAAGGUUUUAAAGGGUAGCUGUUGGAUAAUUCAACUGCAAACUAAGUCACAUGCUAUCUCGGCAGUGCAACUGUAGAUGCAACAUAUCCAUAACUGGUGCAAUAGGUUUCAAAAGGUCCAGUACAUAACCACUCGUUGCUGCAGCAUCUAUCCUUGAGUCAUUUGACAUGCAUUGAGACUUCCUAGUGGUGGUGCCGAAUAUUAUCUGGCCUCUGGAUUCAGAACGGAAGUGGGGAGGCAGAACUGAAGCCAGCAAAGAGAAUGAGGAGCGAAUAAGUUAAAAUUCUUUUUCAGAUAAUGGAAUUAUAAUAUGCUCGAGUAGUAAAGGUUGUUUAGUUUGUAGCCUUGAUUGAUAUCGGGAAGCUUCUGGCCAUAUGCAUCUUAUAAUGCAGUGAAACUUCAGUUGAUGCAUUAGUAGUGCUUAAUGGAUUAGUAAAUGUGAGUGUUUAUCUUGAUAACUGUAAAAUGAUUGAUUGUUCCCUGUAACCAUGCAAAUAUUUAUUAAAUUGAAUGUGGCUAGUCAUCUAACCUCUCAA